GUGACUAUUUAGAUCCUGUUGUACUUUUCGAGUUCCCUCUCGUUGUGUUACAUGUAAUAUAUUCUUCCGAUUUUUCUUGAAGAUUCAGGGAAUGGAGUCUUUCCGGACAAGGACUUUAUCGUCGGGAGAGGAUGUCUCUGAAAUCAUAAGUAGAACGCCUGAACAUACAAAUCGUAAUUCUCACAAUAAUCACAAAGGUAUCAACAAUAUUUCUUCGUUAUGGAGUGGUUUCACUGUUCACACAAAAGCUGACGAUAGCGACGAACAUUCAGUGGAGAAAAAGACUCUAAGAGACCACAGCUAUAUUUACACGUUUUUGUCAACAGUUCUUUUUACUGUCGCCCUAAUCGUGGAGAAGAUCUUUCAUUUUAAGCUCUUUGAAAGCAGCCAUGCUUCAAUAUUCUUCUUCUGGUUUGAAAGUUGUGCGAUCGCUCUCUUCUUUAGAUUCUGGGGAAGAAAGCGAAUACGAAGGUAAGUAAAGCAUUGAGCGAGAGUUAAAUCAACAGCUGGUUAGGUAAAUAUUUACAUAGACGGGAAGUCUCACCGGAGGAACGAUUGUAAGGAGCGUUUUUUAUGUCUGAGGACCUUAGUGGACAAACAUCGUCCAACGUGCACGCGCGUCACUUUUAAAGAAACCUCAGAAAGCUUUAUAUCACGGUAAGCUUGCAUGUUUAAAUUAUAGAUUAUGAAAAUAACAAAAUUUUCUCAGUUUUUGUUUUGAUAGCCGCGCGCGAGCCUUAAAACACAAAACUGACUGUGUUUUCUUUACUGGAUUACAAGCGUUUGCCUUACCGCUUUCCAAACAAACUGGAUAGUAACACCCAAUUGGUAAUGGGCUAUCAGUUAUUGUGUGCGGCUUUUUCUAUAUAUCUUAUUGGUUCCUGGGAAAGUCAAUUUGAAGUUGGACAAAAGAAAGUAUUUAGGUUGUUGUCAGUCACCAAGACUUCAGGAGAGAAAUAUUUAAAAUUUCGUAAAAGCCUCACACACUUUGGUGUGUUAAUAGCUGAUGAACAUUCUGGCCAAUUUUCAUGAAGAUCUUAUAAAUCUAUAUAAUAUAUUAAUAUGUCUUAACAGAGGUAACUUGUGUUUAAAAAACCUGAAAUUUUUGGUCUCUUAAGAAAUUCCUGAUCUUUGCACCUCACUUAAGUGCCCGUCGAUGCGUUCAUGCUACCUACCAAUGAAACGCAACAUGGAACCUCCUGGCAAGUCAUGUAACAGAGGACUUUGAAAUUCACAGGAAAGUUCACUUUGCAAAAUGGUUAAAUCAGAUCUACUAUGAAUUAAACAAAGUCCAAAACUUCAUCAAAAAAUUGAAAGGAAAAGUAGGUAAUUGGGAUUUCAAGCUACUUCAAUUUCUUAUGCUCAGGCUCUUGGCAACUUUUCUCUGUUUGAUGGUUUGAUGAAGACUCUCAUUUCUCAGUGUUAUGCAAAAUAUACCAGAAAUUCCCUUUUGUUAUGCUGUGCAAAACAUUCUUUUAGUGGUAUCUCAUGUUAUUUUUAAGAUUUUGCAAUUAUUUGUUCAGCAAACUAGACGGCAAUUGCAGUAACUAUAAGGACAUGACACCACUGAUCAAGAAGUCAAUAACAGAAAGUGUUUACAAGAAUUGUCACUUAGUAUUUUGCAAUUAAUUUGACUGAGUGUGUAAAGUGCAGAAUCGGUCAAAAGACUGAGUCUUUUUUUUAAAUAAAAUAUUUAGGUAAUACAUAUAGUGUCCUUAGGAGGGGUGGGAAAGACUAAUUGGGUAUCAAAAGUAAUUCAGAAUAUCUGGGAUUACAUGGGUCUUUUACUUCUCUUUGCUUUCUGAAUGGUAUAAAAAUUAUUUGCACCUUCACAACAAUAACGUCUCUUACUUAAACCUGUUGUGACUCAAAUUUGUACAUGUUUACUUGUAUUUACCAUGAGUUUUCAUUGCCUUCUUGGAAUGCUUUCUGUUGUUCUGAUUGGAUCUUUUGCUUCUGCUGGGUUUGGUUUAAACCUUUACACCCCAACAUCAGUAUACACAUUCUCUAUACUUGUCUCUAUACAUUUCCAAGGAGAAUUUGUUUAACAAUCAAGAGCUUCUUUAGUUGAUGGUCAUUUCCUUUAUUCCUAUGACCUUAAUGUGUGAUUGAGGGUUAGAAAUUGUAAGGAGAAAUUAGAUGUUAGUCACUCUUAGGGGUCAAAAGGUUAAGAAUGUUCAAACGAAAAGAACUUUACUAGGAUUGGUGGAUCUGUUGAAAAUAACUAUAUUCCUACUUAAUUUCGUAUGUACUUCAUUUUGCAUUUUGUGGUGUAAAAAAAAUCACAAAAUUUAAGACUCAUGAAGGAAAAUCCUUGUGGAAUUUACACGCACAAAAUUUAAUACCCAUCUAGAAAAGUUAAGACAUUUUGAAAAAGAAAAUGAAGUUGACAUUGCUUGUUUCACAAAAUUCAAGGCCCUAUUUUCAUAUUUGCCUGUUGAAAUUGCGAAAAGUUAAACCCAGUUAAGUACCGUUUUGCCAAAUUUGCAAAAUUGAGCACAUGCUAAAUUAAGUAUGAAUAAGGUAAAUAAUAUGAGAAGCUGAAACAUGCAAAUAUUUUGAUUGGUUCUUAACUAUGAUCUUUUGAAGGACAGAUAAAGAGAUGACAUCAUCAUUAUUAAUUUUUGCCUCUUCUUUAUUAAAAAAAAAAACAAAUAGAUUCCAUGUCGCCAUGGGUCUGUUAAGUAAAAGAUCACAAAAGUCAUCCAAAGGUGAUAAGAACAUUGACACACUUAGGUGUACUCUGUGUGCCAUUCACAUUUGGCAUCAUCUGUGAUCUAUUACUGUUCAUCUUGUGCAGGGAGCUGUGGUAUUAAUUUUUUCAAGUUUUCUUUGUCUUUUCUUGCAUUAGUUCAAUGUUUAGUCUGUAAUGAUCUGUGUACACUUACUGACGUCAAACUUACAGCUUCUCUAUAUUGUUUAUUUUCAGUUUCAGGAGCCAAGCAAGACAUUUUUUCCCCAUGCUCUUUUUACAUGUAGUUUCCGUGACCAUCUUUUCUCUGGAUUUUAAUACAUCAAACUUUAGAGUAUCAGGAGGUUCUGCAGCAUAUAUGGUAUGUAUCAGUUCUUGUUGCUAAUCAAUUGAAAAAUAUGAACGCCAUCUCUUGUGGGAAGAGAACAGUUUUCCAAGAGUUAAACUCAAGGAAAACUGUGGGUUUGGCUAUUCUCUGGAAGGUAUCAUUAAGAUUUUCUCCAGUAGUCCAUUUUACAGUUGCAUGCUUAGUUGCUAAGCCUUUGAACAGGAGUGAGGCUAAGGGUGACCUGGUUAUGUUACAAACAUUGCUGCUUUUCAAAUGUAGAUUACUUUGUUAUCAUGCCAACUAGAUACUGGUCCCCAUCACAACAAGGUCACCUUCAGCCUCACUCCAAAUCAAAGGCUUGGCAACUACAUGUAAGUACACAACUGUAAAAUAGCCUAUUUUGUAUUGGAUAUUUAUGAUCAAGUGGCAUUUUAAGAAUGUAGGAGAUGUGUUGAGUGUCUCGCAUUGUGGAGGUCUGGGCUCAAGACCUGGUCCAAUUCAAGUCAUUGUGUUUUAUGUGUGGGCAAAAAUACUUCACUUUCACAGCAGCUCUCUCUGCCUAGGAGUAUGAAUGGGUACUGGUGAAUUUUCUGGGAACCCUGAUGAAAUGCUGAGGGGUAACCUUGCGAUAGAUUGACAUCCCAUCCUGGGGGUGGGGAGGGGGGGAGUAGUAAUCCUCUUAGUAGUUUCAUGCCAUAGAACCUGGCAUAAGCUCCUGCUGGAUGGGUCACUUGACUCAAGUACAGAUGUUACCUACUUACCUACCUGUGGUAGUGAAACUGUUUGAUCUGUUAUGGUAUGAAUUAAUGUUUGAUCAAUUGUUGAAUUAUAACCAAUUUGUAUUUAUCUGUCCCAGCUAUCACUUGCCCUAACACCAGCGAUGGUUCUACUAGCAUCAUGGUUGACCAGUCGUCAGUGUUAUAAUGACAGGAUUGUCAUAUUUGUGGUUAUUCUAUGUUCACUUCUCGUGGUUCUCUUCUGCUCACUUGAGGAUUCAACAGCAAAAUUCAAAGUGUCAUUUAGUGAUGGUGUCUUUGCCUUGAUGAUGAGUGCUUCUUUGGCUUUUUUUACUGUGCAUGCAAAACGCUUUCUGCAUAAGGUAUGUAUCUAUAUGCAGGUCUUAGGCAAUUUUUUUUCUGUACAUAGAAAAGUGUAUUUGUCCAGGGUAUUUAUAUGUCAUUAAACAUGUCUGUAAUGUAGGUUAUUAGUUCAAGCAUAGUUUCUUAGAAUUAAAAAAAAAAAAAACUAUAUAAACUGGUAAAUUUAUGUCAAUUAACUAAGGGACUAGUUAUUAAGAAAACUUCAUUCAAGCCCUACUCUGUACUUGUAAUAAAUCUUCUUUUAUUUGUUAAUAUUAUUAACUUUGCAAUUUCUUUUUCAAAGGAUCUCUAUAGCCUUAAUUCUUACAAGUACCACUGGAAUGUGUUUAUUGUUCACUUAACCCUUUAAUUCCCAGAUCAAAUUUUUCAUUCUCCUCACUUUGAACCACACAGUUCUUGUAAUGUUAGUUCAGAGAAUUUAGUAUUGGAUCAACUAAUUAUCCCCAAAUUUAUAUUUUUCUUUAUUCUCAUCACUUAUCUGGUUGAUAUUGUAUUGAUAUUGUAAGGAGAAAUUCUGUCUUGGUCACUCAUGGAAUUUAAAGGGUUAAUAAAUGUACUUAGUGACUGUGAUUUCUUAUCUGUUGCAGGCUUCACAUCCAGAGCUACUCUAUUUGUUAAAUUUCAGCUGUGUUGUAUGUCUACCAUUUAUUGCCUUGUUGUUUGGUGAGGUUCCUGCUCUGGAACUGGAGGUGUCACAGAGAGGAAUGGUGAAUGUCAUCUUCAGUGUGUUCUUUCUGGUGAGUCUACUUAACUUAUAGCACUUUGGCAUUGUUGAUUUUCUGUAGUACUUGAAAAAUGCACACAAAAACUUCAUCUUUGUUGGGUAAUCAAAUUAUUUCAAGUGCAAUUUGGAAUAAAUAAGCACAUUUUUUUUUGAAAAAAAACAUAUUCUGUCAAAACAACCAUUGUUCUUUUUCAAGUUACAAAAAAUGUUCGAAGCUCAUGUACUCAAAUUUCUCCCGUUCUAGCUCUGAUUAACUUUUCUGCACUAAAUUAAUUCUCUUGUGCAUUGCAUUACCAGAAAACUGUAACACUUUUAACCAACCGGAUUGAAGAAAAUUUAAUACUUAUUAUUAGUUAUGAUUGGUUUGCGGCAGGGUUUUUCUUUUCAAUUGAUGCAUUGUAGACAGGAUGAUUAAGCACAUAUAGAAUAUCAUUAAUGAUGGUGGUACGACUGAGUGGAGUCCAAUUCAGUUUGCAAUCCUACGAGUGAUAUACAAAAUUGGAUGACCCCAAGGGGGAGAGUUAAAUAUGUCAAUUUGGAAGCAUUGGAAAUUGUUAAGCGCUCUCCACUCGGGGCGAUUGUUAGGGCAUUAAAAGCGUGUUGAGCUUGCGCUUCCUGUGCGUUUGUCUGGAAAUCUAUUCUACUACACAAGUGUAGUUCAGGUCUAACAUAAUGAUCAGCUCCCAGUUGGCUUGUUAGCUCAGUUGGUAGAGCGCUGCACCGGUAUCGCAGAGGCCAUGGGUUCAAAUCCCGUACAGGCCUGAAUUUUUUUCAGGUCUUAUUUCAAUUAUUAGUUCAGUAGUGUUCAUAGCUGCGAGGGUCGCUUAUAUUCGUUUCUUCACCGCAGUGCACAUAUAUGAUUUUCAUAUAUUUACAGCCAUUAUUCUAACAAAAUUGUUACCGUCUCUUAUGCAAGGGUGUUUAAACGUUCGUUUGGUUUUUGCCUUUCAGGCUGUCCUUCGUUUAACCAGUCAAGCUGCUCUCCUUUAUCAGCUUAAGUUCUCUACUCCUCUUCUCAGUACUAACACUCAAGGUUUUGCGUGGAUUUGGAUCACAAUAGCAAUCACGUUUUUAACCAAGUCUGAAAAAGGCGAUCUCAUGAUGCCGGUGUUCGCGGCGUUUUGGUUGUAUGGACUAUUUAUAUUUCUACCUUCCUUGUUUUCUGACCUUCGGUGGAUAUAAACCAAGGGGUAGAAUGACGAUAGAACAGAAAAAAGACCUGAAAUCCUUGGGAACUAACGAAGGAGACGAGUUGUCGAUAAACAUUUGGACUGUUUUUGAUACAAGUUUAACACAGAGCGGUCAAACGUCCACGCAUGUGCGAACGUUGUAAUGCUUUCAGGCUUUCAGAACCCAAUUUUGCCUUGUAAAUUGGCGCGCGGUGGGUCAGAAUUGAUCCCCUCGCGCAUGUCCGACGUUUUACCUCUGUGUCCAAGUUAAAUUACCGUUGAAGUUAGGGAAUCGCGAAAGAUUUGUUUGGUAAGACGCGAUUUUAAUUUUUCUACAAAAUGCUUUACUUUCUAAUUGCCGUGUUAUGGCAUCGAAAUUCUUCACUUUUUGUGAAUGUAGGUUUUUGAAAGAGCUAGUUCUAGCCUUUUUCAGUCUUUUGGUCAACGGAAACUCGCGAAAGAGCUGGUGAUUGAAAAACGGCGAGAGCCAAGAACUAGCAAAAGGAGUUAGGUUUCCCUUAAUGAUUCUCUACCGGUUGUGUACCGAUUAUUUAAC